CUAACACAUUCAAAAUGAGUGAAAAUUAAUCUCAAACAAGAUAGGCUAAAUAAAUUGCACAAGUAAAAUUAACGGAAAAACAAACUAUAGAUUAAAUUUGGCAAAAACAUUUUUAAUUAAAAGUAAUAUGUGGCUAAGAAGCUAUACAAGGACUUCAAUACGAGAGCUUCGCAAACGAGAUGAUAUAAAAACCAAGUAUUUACAUAGUCACAGGAAAAAAAGGAAGAGAACAAGAAAUCAAUAUUGUAAAACCAUAAAAUUAAUGAAAAAUGAAAAGAAGGCAUCUGUUCUAGCAGCAUCACAGUAUUAUACAAAUGAUUUAAAAAUGUACAAUGAUGAAACAUCUGAGCCCAAGAAAUAUAAAGAAAAACAUAAUAUAAUUAAGAAUAAUUCAGAAUUUUCGUCAGAACCACAUAAAAUAAAUUUGAAUCAAUAUGGGCAAUCGACAACAAUCUCAUAUGAUCUCAAUAAUGUAAAUAGUGAUUUAAAUAUUCGAAAUAGUGCAAUACCGUCAAAUGAAACAUUUGAUGAAUAUGGUAGCAGUUCUGAUCAUUUUCAUGCAAUUAAUACUCAAUACGAUUUCGAUGGCAAUUAUGUUAAAAGUUCUACCGAAUUUGCAGUAUCUGAUUUAUUACUUAAAAAAAUCUCAUUCGAAGAAAAAUGUGGCGAUGAAGAGAGUUGUGCGUACGAAAUGGAAACAGCAUAUAUUGAGGAUAAAACUAUAUGCUUGUACAAAGACAUUAACUAUGAUUUAUGCAAACCAGCCGAUUCUGAAGAUGAAACGCAAGAAUUUCUGAAUCGAGUUGAAAACAACAAUUUUAACUUAACAUACACAAAUCAAACGGAUACACAAUACGCAAGUUGUUCAAAUCACAUUAUAUCAUCAACUUGCUACAGUAAUUCUAGCACUAGUUAUGGUGUGAAGGAUAUAAACAAAAACUACGAUGAACACGAAUGUAUCGAAACCGAUAAUGAAGAGCAACAUGAAGUAACUUUAGAGUUCGACCCUUAUACAUUUAUAAAGCAUUUGCCACCUUUGACAGAAAUACGAACUAAAUGUCCAGCACUUCCUAUCCGUACAAGAAGCUCAAAAAAUUUCACACUUGUUCUUGAUUUGGAUGAAACUUUAGUUCACUGUAGUUUACAGGAAUUAAAGGAUGCAAAUUUCAGUUUUCCUGUAUUUUUUCAGGAUUGCAAGUAUACUGUUUUUGUAAGAACCAGACCUUACUUCAGAGAAUUUCUCGAAAGAGUUUCGAGGACUUUUGAAGUCAUUUUAUUUACUGCAAGCAAAAGAAUUUAUGCUGAUAAAUUGUUAAAUUUAUUAGAUCCAGAGAGAAAAUGGAUAAGGUAUCGACUUUUUCGAGAGCAUUGCGUACUUGUUAAUGGUAAUUACGUAAAAGAUCUUAAUAUUCUUGGGCGUGAUUUGUCAAAAACCAUUAUUAUUGAUAAUUCGCCCCAAGCUUUCGGAUAUCAAUUAGAAAAUGGCAUUCCAAUUCAGAGCUGGUUUUUCGAUCAAGAUGAUUGUGAACUUCUCAAAAUUUUGCCUUUUUUAGAACGAUUAGCAGAAUUGAACGAAGAUGUCCGACCACACAUUCGGGAAAAAUAUCGUCUUUACGAAUUUCUUUAAAAACUUCGUCAACAAACCACAAAUUGAUUGCUACAUAAUCAUAAAUACUGAUUUGUUUACAAAUCAAUUAAUUUCAUGUAUUUUUUAGAAUAAGAACUUUAUAAUUUAAGUUUACAAUUAUUGUUUUUAUUUUGUGCAAAAUAAAAGUUAACGAAAACCUAA